CCGGCGGCGCUGCGCCGGCCGCCAAUGGCGCGCCUGCGCCCAAGAAGCCGGAGAACAAGCGGCCAGUCAUCCCCGAUAGCGACGAGAGCGAAGACGAGGCACCGCUCGUGAGUGCUGUGGUGAUGUGGGCAGAGCUGUGCUGGCUCGCACCUGCCGCUUGGCACGAGGUGGAGGUCACCGCCAGCCUGGGCGAGCCAGGGGUGUCGCGCGCAAGUCGCUGCAGUCCUCGUGGAGACAGCACGGGAGAAGGACUCAGGCGGACAGUCGAGCUGGUCGCUGACCUGGUGUAUACACAGGCAAAGCGUGUCAAGGCUGAGCCCUCGGCGUCUGCGGCUCCCGUUGCUGCGCCAGUCGCACAGCCGGACUCGCGCGCCAGCACGCCGUUGUCUUCGGACGAGGACGCGCCGCUUGCCAAGGUGGUCGCCGCGCCUAACGGCAAGGGCAAGAAGCGCAGCAGCGGCGACUCGGACUCGGACGAGCCGCUGAGCGUGCAGGCGGGCAGCAGCCGCAACGGUGCUGCUUCGAGCAAGCGCGCGCCUGCCAAGGGCCGCGCCUCGGAGCUUGCCAAUGGCUCGCGUGCUCGCAAGGCCUCGACGCCGGCCAGCGCGGCAGGCACGGAGGGCAAUGACGAUGACGACGAGGAUGAUGAUGACGACGAGGAUGAUGACGGCGAGGACGACGGCGAGGACGAGGAGGAGGAGGAAGACGAUGAGGACGACGACGCGAGCAGCAGCGGCAGCACGAAGUCGAAGGCCAAGGCCAAGGGCAAGAAGCCGGCGCAGAAGGGCCCCAAGGGCCGCGGCGAGAAGAAGUGGGACACGCUGUACCACACGGGCCCGCGCUUCCCGCCGCCGUACGAGCCCAUUCUCGACUCGGUGAAGCUGAAGUACGACGGCAAGCCCGUGCGUCUUGCGCCCGAGGCCGAGGAGGCCGCCAUGUUCUACGCCGUCAAGCUCGAGACGCAGCACGCGCAGGACGCCGUGUUCAACAAGAACUUCUUCCAGGACUUCCAGAAGCUGCUGGCCAAGCACCCACCUAAGGAUGGCACCAAGAUCACAAAGUUCGAGAAGCUCGACUUCCGCGCCAUGUACGACUACGACCGCGGCGUCAAGGACGAGGCCAAGGCGGCCAAGGCCAAGAUGGCGCCGUCGGCGCGCCGCCUGGCGCUCGAGGCCAAGAAGAAGGAGGAGGCGGCGAUGAAGACGUGCGUCGUCGACGGCGUCGAGCAGCGCGUCGGCAAUGUCAUGGUCGAGCCGCCGGCGCUCUUUCUCGGCCGCGGCGAGCACCCCAAGAAGGGCAGGAUCAAGCAACGCAUCGCACCGGAGCAGAUCACCAUCAACCACACACUCAAGGACCCCAAGCACCCGCCGCCCGCGCCGCCGCCGGGCCACAAGUGGAAGGACAUCAAGUGCGACAAGAAGAGCACGUGGCUCGCCUUCUGGAAGGAGAGCAUUAAUGGGCAGUACAAAUACAUGUACCUCGACGCCUCGAGCAACUUCAAGUCGAACUCGGACCGCGACAAGUUCGAGAAGGCGCGCCAGCUCGACAAAUGCGUCGUGAAGCUGCGCCGCCACAUCGACGACAUGCUCAGCUCGAAGCAGCGCUUCGACCGACAGCUCGGCACCGUUGUGUGGCUGAUCGACAACUACAGCUUGCGUGCGGGCAACGAGAAGGGCGAGGACGAGGCGGCGACGUACGGCGUGUGCUCGCUGCUCGUCGAGCACGUCACGGGCCUGAUCGAGGGCCAGGCCGGCUCCGACGUGUCGCAGGUAAAGCUCGAGUUCCUCGGCAAGGACUCGAUGCGCUUCAAGGAGACGCUCACCGUGCCGACACGCAUCUACAAGAACUUCAAGAUGUUCACCCAGUCCACGCGCCUCGCCAAUGGCGCCGUCGGCGCCAAGGACGGCUCGGACGAGAUCUUCGACCGCGUGGACCCGUCGGCGGUGAACAAGUUCCUGCAGAACGAGGCAAACGGCGGCAUGAAGGGCCUCUCGGCCAAGGUGUUCCGCACGUACAACGCGUCGACGACGUUCCAGGGCCUGCUCGACCAGACGGCCGAGAACCUCAAGGCGUCGGGCCUCGAGGCCACGCCGCAGACGCUCAAGGACCAGUACCACCAGGCGAACCGCCUCGUGGCCAUCCUGUGCAACCAUCAAAAGACGCUCAACCCCAUCCUCAACCAGCGCGCGCAGGAACGCCACGAGCAGAAGCUGCUCUCGAUCGCCUACGACCGCCACAAGGAGCGGCAGAAGGUGCUCAAGUGGGGCACGCCCGAGCAGAUCCGCAAGGAGUACCCGGCCAAGACGCACGAGUGGGUGCGCGACCUAACGUCGCUCCUCAAGCCCGUCGCCAUCACCAAGGAGCAGAUCAAGGAGCACGAGGAGCGCACGGUCGAGGCGCGCAAGACGAAGAUCCAGGCGGCCUUCGACCGCGCGCAGCUGGAGCGCGAGUUCCUCAAGGAGCUCAAGGAGGAGCAGAACUCGCAGGACGUCAAGCCCAAGGCCAAGAAGGGCCGCAAGCGCGGCAGCGACGAUGAGGACGAGGACGAGGAGGACAUCAAGGGCGGCUCGCGCUUCAAGACGCAGGCCGAGGUGGAUGCCGAGAAGAAGCGCCUCGACGAUGAGCUGAAGGUGCUGGCGCGCGAGCGCAGCGGCGGCAGCUCGCUCGAGGCCAGCGCGAUCAACGUGCCGUCGUGCAUCAAGAAGAUCAUCGGCAAGAUUGCGCAGCACGAGAAGGUCGAGGCUGAGUUUGCCAUCAAGAACAAGACGUCCGACGUCUCGCUCGGCACCUCGAAGCUGAACUACAUUGACCCGCGCAUCACUGUCGCGUGGCUGAAGAAGUGGGACGCCUUCCUCGUCAAGCGCGACGGCGCGCCCAAGAAGACGGUGAAGAAAGAGGCCAAGGGCUCGCCGAGCAAGAAGGGCGGCGUCAAGAAGGAGGAGCCCGAGGACGUCAAGCCGGCGAAGAAGGGCGUGGGCAAGAAGCAGGCCAUGGCGGCGGCACAGGCAAAGGAGGACGUCAAGCUCGACAAGCUCGACCGCGCCGCGGCCAAGGACGCCGACAAGAUGCAGCUCGACCUCAAGAUCCUGCCCAUCUCGCAGUACUUCCCGCAGACGAUGCUCAAGAAGUUCCGCUGGGCAUCGUACGACGACAACAACGACGACCUGCCCGCCGACUGGACGUUUGUCAAGGACGCCAAGCUCAAGAUCCGCACGAACAUGUCGAGCGCGAACCGCGACGGCGAUGCCGUCGACGAGAAGGACGAGGCGCUGGCCGAGCAGGUCGUGGUGCAGACCAAGGUCGCACGCGCCACCACCGACGCCAAGGGCAAGAAUGGCGCCAGCAGCAGCAAGGUGCCGGGUCUCAACAGCACCUCGAGCGCCACGCGCAAGCGCCCCGCCGCGGCCGACGACGACUCGGACGACGAGCCGCUGGCGGCUGCGGCGCCCGCGCGCAAGAAGGUCGCCUCCAGCAUGAAGGCCGCCGCGCCCAAGGCUGCCGCCUCCGACGACUCGGACGACGAUGCGCCGCUCGCGGCCGCCAAGUAGGCGUCCCACCUUCAUCCCUCUACUGUCACACUCAUUCCUGCACCCUGCGCCGCCUGCAUCUGAACCUAGCUAAUGACAUCCGAGCCGCGUGACGAGUACACCG